AGACACGCUGAGGCGCACAUUAUCCCAAGACAAAAUGUGACUCCCAUCCCAAGUGCCGGAAAAACCAAAGAUCGAACGCGAACUCGGCGUGUUUCGCAUUUACACGCUUCCGAUGUUUUUCAUGUUAUUUCGUCGAAACUAAAAACAUCCAAAAACCAAGGACAUACUUCAAGUCUUAACCGCAACAAACUACGACACAACAGCAAUAGCAGACAGUAGAACCAAAACAUCCUCCUUUGUCCCUUGUCCUAAAAUCCCACAGAACCCCGCGCCUACGCCAAUCUCCAAUUUCUUCACUCCUUUUUAGAUCUUUCUUUCUUCACCGAUUCCUUACCUUUUUGUUUCUAGAUUUUCUUUUUGCGGUGUAAUGUAGUGUACAGCGAGGGAGAGAUGUUGGCUGGACAGGUGGUGAAAGUAAAGAGUGAGACACUCCAGACAUGCAUGACAUGUCCUCUUUGUAAGAAGUUGCUAAGGGAUGCUACCACUAUAUCUAUGUGUCUUCAUACGUUUUGCAGGAAGUGUAUAUAUGAAAAGCUCUCAGAUGAAGAGGUAGACUGCUGUCCUGUAUGCAAUAUUGAUCUGGGCCGUCUGCCUGUGGAGAAACUGAGGCCAGACCAUAAUUUGCAAGAUAUAAGGGCCAAAAUAUUUCCUUUUAAAAGAAGAAAAAUUAAGGCCCCUGAAGUUAUGCCUUCAAUUGCAUUGCCAGCAAAAAGAAAGGAGAGAUCAUUGUCAUCAUUGGUGGUUAGCACUCCCAAAGUGCCCAUGCAAACUGGCUUGACGGGAAGGAGGUCUAAAGCUUGUGCAAGAAAAGCUGCUGCUUUACGAUGCAGUUUUACUGUUGAUGAAUCCAAUAAAAAAGAAGAUUCUGCAGAAGAUCAUCCAAUGAGCUCAAGCUCUCCUGAGACUCCUAAUAAAAUUAUUCAAAAUAAAAGGCAGGAUUCUUCUGUUGGUGACCCUCUUAAAACACUAAAGCAUAAGGAAGAACCAGAAGAUGAUGUAGAAAUAAUAGAAGGGAAAGCUGAUUUAUGGACUCCCUUAAAUUGUCUUGUUGAAGCUGCUAACAGAAGCAAGUCCUCAAAGUCAAAGUUGCAAGGGCUCUCUCUUGCCAAAUCAGAACUACUUAGUGCACCCAGUAGUGAAUUCCAGUCACCUGGAACGAAGUCCAGAGCAGAUUCCCCCAAUGGUCAUGAAAGUGAAGUAUAUAUGCCUAAAACCAAAAAUAAGGAGCAUGGGCAGGAUAUGAAAGUCCAAGAUGAUAAUAAUGUGAUAAAUUCACUUCAUGCAUCAGUCAAGCGUAGAAGAUUGACAGCAUCACGGAAAAGGGCAGCUAUGGCUGAAGAGCUAAGUGCCUCAGCACAACGCAUGCUUGAUGCUGGAGGUGCUAAGAACAACAGAAGAAAUUGUCCAAUUUGGUUUUCAUUAGUUGCCUCUGAAGACCAGAAAGGAGAUGAUUCCUUGCCACAAAUAUCUGCAUGUUACCUGAGGAUUAAGGAUGGUAAAAUGCCCGUCUCGUUCAUUCAGAAGUAUCUUGUGAAAAAACUUGAUCUUGCUAACGAGGCUGAGGUGGAAAUAAUGUGUCGGGGUCAGCCAGUGCUUCCAACUCUGCAAUUACACAACUUGGUGGACUUGUGGUUUCGGACGGCGUCAACCUCGAAGAAAGUACCGGCAUCAGUGGGUUCCUCAGCCAAGGACUUCGUAAUGAUACUAUCAUACUGUCGAAAAGUUCAAGCUUCUUAAAAUAGCUAAGCAUCUUUCUUUGUUGUCUUCGGUCAUCUACAUCUUCGGCUAGCAAUAUAUAUAUAUAAAGUUGGAUCUUGUGAAGCUGUAUUUACCCCGACCAUUGGAUCCAUCACAUACUUGGUUACAUGCAUGUGAUUACAUGUAAGAAUAUAUUUGAUUUGAUUUAUUCUAUGGGCUAGCCUCAUCAUUUACAGUUUGCACUCUGUACUAUCCAUUGUUUGGUUCUUUCGUUUAAAACCCAAUUGAAGAUACUAAUGAACUUUACCUUAAGUGGCUAUGGAGUCGUCAUUUUCAGAGUUGUGAGAUCGAAUCCAUUGGAAGAUAAAUUAAUGAAAUCAGAGGAGUUGUAUCUAGUUCAAGUUUUGCCCAUUGGCAUUCCUAUCUUUGCUCAAGCACUAAAUCUUGCAAAUGAAGCAGAUGAUCGCCUCUUUGUUUCAUAAGAUUAGUCUAUUCUAUUUCUAUUGUGUUUAAAUCUGUAAAUUACAAGAUGUAUUCCAAAAUAGGUCAUCCAUUUCCAUUAUUAAUUGUGUGCAUGUUUUAUUUCUGACAACAUUAAAAAAUAAAAUGAGCUUAUGUAACUUCAAUAUUAGUGAAAAUGUAAUAUUUAUUACUUACUGAUUUAUAGAUAAUCAACAUUAAUAAUAAUAAUAAUAAUAACUAAAAAUAAUAAAAAGUUAUAUUUGUAGAUUUAAUAGGUGCAUCUUUAAUCUAGUAAUACCCUUUACUAGAUUAAUGCAAAAUUAAUGCAAAAUAGUUAAUAUUUUUUUUGGAAAAAUUAAUUUACUAAAUUAAUGCAAAAUAUAUUUUUUUGGAAAAAAAAAUAGUUAAAGUGUAUCAAAAAUUAAUGCAAAAUUAAAUUUAAUAAUUUUUAAUUAUUGAAAUAUUAAAAUAAUAAAAUUAUUUUUUAAAUAUUUUCUAAAAGGAUCUGAAGAAAAAGAAAAAUGUGAUGUACAAUUUUGCCGUUUGAGUGGAGAUAGCUUGUGGGCAAAAGGCGAGGUCAGGUAUAAGAAGUAGAGAACUUUGAGACCCGACUCAAAGCGCCUGAUAACUUAGGACUGGAGGGCGGUGUGAUUGUCCGGAGAUUCAAGAAAGUCUGAAUCAUUCUCUUUCUGGGACCAACAUGCAACAGGAUUGAUUGUGAAGGGUGGGGGAUCUGAAACGGAGGUGACUUGGGAGGAUCAGCAGAAUAUCAACAAAUUCGGUCGAUUAAACAACCGAUUUCACGAGCUUGAGGAUGAGAUUAAGAUCGCCAAGG